GUGCGUUUUACGCACUCAACUUUUUUGUUUAAUCGUUUCACAAUUUCAGCUCGGACUGUGCGUUUACAAACGCGAGCAUGCAGACGCCUGAACCCGCCGAAAUUCGUGUCAUUCGCGAGAACUACGAUAAAGCUCUGCAGUGUCUGAAUACCGGACUUCAGUUAGAUGAAGCUGGCAAUAAAGACCAGGCUCUGGUCCUGUACAGGCUGGGCCGGCGGCACCUGCUCAGUGGGUUGCAGGUGGACACACGGGGCGGGCGCUGCACCGGCCGCUGCUGGGACUCUGCCCGACAAACGCAGCUGAAGAUGGGAGAGACUCUGCGCACCAUCACUGCUCGCCUCGGGGCUCUAGAGUCCGCUUCAAACACGGGUCAGAGACUUUAUCCGACUCUCCCUGUCUUCCAGGACAAGAACUCCCAGAGAGCAUUUAACAGCAGAGGGGCCUCAGGAAGGGCCCCUUCUCGCCCUGUUUCCCCUCCAGUGGGCUUCGCGGUGCCUAAUGAACUCCCACCAGCCUACACUCCUCAGCCAACAGACGGGCAUCUGUCACUCUCUCAUGGAGCCAACAGAGCGUUUCCAGAUGCCCCACACCAGGGGUCCCGGCGUCAGGCUGUGGCCCCGGUCAAUCUCAGAGAGGCCGGGAUGGAGAUUAUGUUCUUGCCCAGCGGGGUGCAGAUGUUUUUUGUGUCUGCUGAGGGUCGGGUCACUGCACCUUCUUAUCCAGGGUACCUGAGGAUCAUCAUAUACAGCCAGGACUCGGAUGGCAGUGCCAACACUGGCUAUGCUCCAGCUUACCUGCAGGUUUGUGACUGGAUCUACCCGCUGUAUCCAGACUUUCCUGUCUUGCUGAGCAACAAUGGUGUGUUCACCUUUCCUGACACCACUGCAGCGGUGCCGGGGUCCUACGUUGGAGUGGUGCUGUCCUCAGAUCUACCAGCAGGGGAGAGAGAUCUGUUCCAGGAGCAGCUGUCAGUGUUGGCGCAGCUCCGGGUCCAGGUAGAUGAAGAAGGCGGCGGCGCUACAGGAGCAGACACAAACCUGAGUGAAAAGAUUCCUCUAUCAGAAGCAUCUCAAACGCCAGAGGAGAAAACUGCCCCUGUGUGGAGCGAAAAGAUGUCACAGAGCAUCCUAGCAGGCUCCUCUUGGCUGGGUCGGGGUCUUGUGCGAGGAGCUGAAGCGACUGGUAAAGCCAUUCAGAGAGGGGGGACUAAGCUGCGAGACAACAUCACCCCAGAGGAGACUCCAGCAGAGGUCAGUCCUAAAGUCACCAAAGGCCUCAACGCAGCCAAACAGGCCACUGGCGGAGCGGUCAAAGUCAGCCAGUUUCUGGUGGACGGUGUUGCUGCCGUAGCGGGUAAAGUUGGGAAGGAACUCGCUCCACAUGUAAAAAAACACGGUUGCAAACUCAUCCCUGAGUCCCUCAAGAAAGGCAAAGAUGGCAGCUCCAAAAUGGAUGGAGCCAAACUCGUGGCUGGAAGCAGCAUACAAGGUUUAUCGACUCUCUGGUCAAGUCUGGAAACAGCAGGAAAGACUAUCGGGAAAAGUUUAUCAUCAGAGACGGUAACCACUGUGAGGCACAAGUAUGGAGACGAGGCAGGACAAGCGGCAGACACUGCAGUCCAGUCUACUGUCAAUGUGGGGGUCACAGCAUUUAAUAUGGACAAUGUGUGCCUCAAGGGUGUGCUGAAGGCCACAGGCAAACAGACUACAAAGGAAAUAGUCAAAGACACGCCAAAAGGAGAAAAAACUGAGGACAAAGACAAGUCACCAAAGAAAAGAUGAGGGAAAAAUGACUUGCAUGAAUUAUCAUGUAUGUUCUUGUAGCACACAUCAGUACUUUUGCAUUGAUGAUGAAAUAUCAUGCUGUGAUGUUUACAUAAUUAUUUUAUUAUAUUAAUGAAAUGUAUAUUUAGUUUUACAUUUUCGUAAUGUUAUUCUGAGGAUUAUAGAAGGAAAACAUAAGUAUUAUGUUGUGAUGUUUCCAGAAAAUAAGCUUAUAUUAGUGAAACAAAUGUUAAACUCUCAGUACAAAAACAAUUAUAUCCAUAAUGAUAUUGGAAGGGUUAUAUUUAUAUACGGAAAACCUUUUACCUUGUUUGAAUCAUUGUAUGUCAUCAGGAUUAAUAUAAAUGAUAUAUUACUUUUAA